UUCCAAUGACCUCCAGGACCAAAUAUAAAACACUCUUUGGCCUUUUCAAAUUACCUUUAUCUACUCUAUGUGUCUUGUCUAUACCUAGUUAUUUACCUGUUGUUUUCCUCUUUACAUUAUGAGGUCUUUGAGGGCAAGAAUUUUUUUUUUUUUUUGGUAUCCCUAGUAUUUAGCAAAGGACCACAUUGUUAGGACUAGAGAUAGGAAUCAGAGGCACAGACUUGAUCAGUCUCUAGCAGUGGCCAUCCUUGAGAAGACUGACCUGCAGAGAAGGUGCUGGCCAGCAUGACUAGAGGGAUUCUCCUCCCCCAAAAAGUUCUCAAAACCGAGGAAAUCUCCGGUGAAAUCCAGCCUCAAUCCUUAUCCCUUUGCUGCCUGGCAAUAAUCCUGUAGAGUAAAUGACUCAACUAAUAUUAGAGACAGUAUAUAACCACAAAUCUGAUUUUGAUUCAAGUGUGGCAUUCUAUUCAUUAUCCUAUAUAACUUCUCACAUGAACCUCUGUCACUCAGAAAACAUAAACAUACACAAACUGGGUGAGCUAUAAAAGAAAUGAGAAGCAGACUACUCUAAAAGGUGGAGUACUAGGUAACCUGUAAACAGGAUGUGUCUUUACAAUAUAUAAGCAUCAGCUACCCAAAGCUGCUCAUGACAGACAAUGCUAAUCGUUGCUCUGUGACAGUCUAACCCUUCUGCCAAUUUUGUUUCUCAUCCUAGAGAGAUCCCUUAAAGAGUCUGUGCACUCAACUGGGGGCCAGGUCAUUUUCUCAGGGCUGAUUGGGAUUGAGCAACCAAUGGGUAUUAUGAGAUAUGGUCCCAUGGAACAAAAUGACAGUUUAAUUUCUUUCUUUUUUUUUUUUUCAGGGCAACUUGUACACAUGUUCCACUGCGUCCUGGAACAGUUCAGACCACAAAGGGCUAUGAUCACAUCAGCAAACCAUUCUCUCAUCUUUGGAAACCCUGAGUUUCAAGAUCAUGGUGCUAGCAGCUUUGGAGAAUGGAAUAGAAACAGAAAUGUAAGAAGGCAACAAUGAUCCCAGAUACCAGAAGUGGGGAUACCUUUGUUGACCUCAGGGCCCUAGGGGUAGAGAUGAUUUUACGGAACUGGAUGAACACAGUGGCUCUGGCUGGACUGGGAAUGGGAAUGUUUCAACUUUUCCACCUGCAAGAGGAGAUAGCCAAACUCAGAGAGUCUACCAGCGAUGGGCAGGUAGUUUCAUCUCCUGAGCAACAAAUAGGUCACCCCAACACAUUGGAAAUGAAGGCAUUAAAGAAAGCAGCCCAUCUAACAGGCAAGCCAAGAUCACAAGGCAUGACCCUCGAAUGGGAGGACACCUAUGGAUUUACCCUUGUUUCUGGAGUCAAAUAUAACAACCGCAGUCUGGUGAUCAGUGAUACUGGCCUUUACUUUGUCUACUCCAAGGUGUACUUCAGGGGCCAGAAGUGUGACAACCAGCCCCUGAAACAUAUACUUUAUAAAAGGAAUCCCACCUAUCCCAAAGACUUGAUACUGAUGCAAGAAAUGAAGAUGAACUACUGUACCUCCAAGCAGAUGUGGGCCCAAAGCAGCUACCUGGGGGCCGUGUUCAAUCUCACCAGUGCCGACAGUUUGUAUGUCAACGUCUCUGCAUUUUCACUGGUCAAUUUUGAGGAAUCCAAGACAUUUUUUGGCUUAUAUAAACUCUAGGGAAACUCUAAAGAAAAGAGGAUAGGAUCUACUUUAUUAUGGUGUCCAGUCCAUUAUAGAAGUGAAGAUAUUGCCUUAAUAAGGAGCUCAGGAGCCAGUCUGGAGCCAAAGGGAAGACCCCAAGAAUCGUGCUCCAUGAGAAUCAUUGGGUUUCAUCCAAGGUCCAUGAGCCAGUGGAGGCCAUUGAGUAUGGGUGAGGGUAUAGAAGCAAAUGGCUACCAAGAAUAUUCUGAAAAGUCUUGGCUUGUCUUUUGGCUUUUUAUCAUGUAAAGAGCACCUUUAAAACUUAUCUUUCAUGGAUAUGUUUGCUACCUCAGAGGAAACUGGUCCUCAUCUGAAUAUUCCUGAGUGUGAAUGGCAAGGGAUGAGUGAGGUUGUGUGUAUGUGCACAUGUGUGUGUAAGUACACACACAUGUAUGUGAAAGGAUCCCUACCAUAUUGAAGCAUCUACACUUUCAGAUACAUUUCCAGAAGCAUAGGUUUUUUGUUUGUUUGUUUGUAAUGACAAGGAGGACAAGAAUUUUCUUGCAUGAGAAAGCAUCUUUUAUUCUACAUGGAAAGGAUGUCAGUGCAAUUGUUGCUGUGUGUUUACAGGUGUGUGUGCUGAUUCCAGCACUAUGAAAGAUAAAUACUUGGGUUUUCUCUAAGCGCGAGGACUCUUGAAUUCUGAUAAAUUAUCAGAAAAAUUUGGAAAACAUUAAGUAAUGAAUCUUGAAAUUUCUGAAGGAGCUAAUUUUAUUAGUAAAGUGUUUACAACAGCAUGAUGUUUUGUGGUUUUCAGAAAAUUUUAAUUAAUGUAAGCUAUUUGUCCUGUUUCCAUAAUAUUUAUACAUGAUAUGUACA